GGUUGUAAAGCUCAGGAGGUCGCUCAGAAAAUAAGCUCGGCGCUGGGUAAGUUGAACUACCGUGGUCCAAUCUCCAUCACUGCCUAUGGCAACAUGAAUCACAUCCCUCCUUCCGUCAAGAAAGCUCUCUUUUCCACUGGGGUUGUUCUUAAUCACGUCCACGUCAACUCCAGACAGUAUCGCUUACAUAUUUUCCGAGAAGUGUUGUACUGGGAGGAUCCAGCUCCGGCUAAUCUUAUGCUCAUCUCCCGUGACGAAGGUCUCGCUUCAACUCUUAGCGACCAGCAAUCAAAGGGAUACAACGUUCUUCUGGCACAUCCUCCAAAUGCUUCAGACGAGUUUGUGUCUUCUGCAAAGACCACAUGGCUUUGGAGCAGCUUAUUGAAAGAACCAUUAAUGAGCAGCCAGACUUGCCAUAAUUCUCAUCCGAAUAUUGGUACUACCACUGAGAAGACGCAAGCAGAGGCAAGUUUUUAA